AGACUAGAUAAGACAAGAUGCAAACUUCAAGAAGUGCUAGGGAGAAAAAUUAAGCAAGGUAUUCCAGGACAAAAGCUCAGGACGAUUGGCCAGAAACCUUAUCCUUAAAGUCUGAGGCACAACGUACUUUGCUUCAAUUGCUGUUAUACUGGCAUGAUCCUGAGAUACAUUUGGGCAUAAUUUGCCAUCUGGACUCAGUAAUUUCAAAGGCCCUGAAAAUUGCUCACCGACAACAUGCAGGUGACAUUCUGCAGUCUUCGGACUCACCAGUGGUGUUUCAUUCUCUUUAAUGUUAUCCUAUUUCAUGCCUUGCUUUUUGGGGCUGACUUUGUGGAAGAAUACUUUCUGCAUGCUUUGCCUUAUGUAGACAUGAAAGUUCUGGAAAUUAAGGACAAGGCAAGAAAAUUGAACAUGGAGCCCCUAAGAAGUAAUCUUUCCAAAUAUUAUAUCUUGAGCCAAUCGGAGGUGUGUAAAGGGAAGAACAUAUUUUUGCUCGCUCUCAUCUUCAGUAGCCCAGGAAAUCGAACAAGACGGGACCUCAUCAGGAAGACCUGGGGUAAUGUGACCAGCGUUCAAGGGCACCCCAUUCUCACCCUGUUUGCUUUGGGGAUGCCUAAUUUGGUAACUACCCAGCAAGAGAUAGACAAAGAGUCCCAUAAGAAUAAUGACAUAAUUGAAGGAAUCUUUUUGGACAGUGCUGAGAACCAAACCCUGAAGAUCAUCACAAUGACGCAGUGGGCUGUGACUUUCUGCCCUAAUGCCCUGUUCAUCCUCAAGGUUGAUGAUGAGAUGUUUGUUAAUCUACCAAACUUGGUAGAUUAUCUUCUCAACCUGAAAGAACGCCUUGAAGAUAUCUACGUAGGAAGAGUUAUCCAUCAGGAUAUGCCCAACAGAGACCCUAGCAGCCAGGAAUUUGUCCCUCUUAGCAAGUACCCAGAAAAGUACUACCCAGAUUACUGCAGUAGUGAGGCUUUCAUUAUGUCCCAAGACGUGGCUCGGAUGAUGUAUGUGGUUUUCAAAGAAGUACCCAUUAUGGUGCCUGCGGAUGUGUUUGUAGGAAUUUGUGCCAAGUCUAUUGGCCUUAUACCCAUCCACAGUUCAAGGUUUUCUGGGAAAAGACACAUCAGAUACAACAGAUGCUGCUAUAAGUUUAUCUUCACAUCUUCAGAAAUGACAGAUGCCGAAAUGCUCUUGGCAUGGAAGGAAAUUAAUGAUGGGAAAGAAUGUACACUGUUUGAGACUUACUCCGGACUCAUUUCCUGCAAACUUCUGACAUACCUUGAUAGCUUUAAACGUUUUCAUAUUGACACCCUAAAAAACAAUGCCAUGUAUUAUGGUGAUUAGGAUGUUUUUCUUAUAGGUGUGCUCUUUUUAAAUUACCUCCUACCUUAUUAUAAAAAAAGCAUUUCUCCUUUGUGGUUAAUGUAGUUUUAAUUGUACUCGGUUGCAAAAUGUUUUUAGUGCCUUGAUAUACUACAUCAUACUGAAAUCUUAAAGAAUUUAAAUUGGCGUAGCAUGGUUCUUUUCAAAAUAAAGCCUCUUGUCCAGAGAAGUCAGAACAUUACAUUUAAUUACAACCCCAAGUCUUGUUUCUUUACAGCUAGUGAAUUUUUUUU